CUGAAUACAUGGGAUGCGCCGCAGCAUUUAACGACGUCGUUCCUCGGGGCGCCGGAGCCCGGAAUGUGGACGCCCUCUCCACUCCAAUCGCGCCCUCCUCGCCAACAAUCUGUUCGCCGUCGCCUCUGUUCUUCGGCCUCAAACCAGUGACCUACACUCUACUAUGAUCGAACCAGUGACGCAGUCGCCGUCAUCUCUUCUGUCUGUCCUCACUCCCUUGGCGUCCAGCGUUCGAAGUGUUUAAGGUUUGUUUUAGUCACCCAUUCGCAUCGAGCUUUGUUAACCUGUCAUCUUUGCGCGGUGCAAGGGCUUUAGCCCGAGCCUGGAAGCUUUAGUCGAACCCAAAGUCUGGGUGAUAAUUGUCGAGGUUCUUCUCUUUGCUUGUUCAUAUUACUUUUGGAGCUUGGACAUUUCUAUGUAUAGCCUACCCAAAAGAAAGACCCAACCGAGCCGAACCGAUAAACGGAAUGCUCACUCGGUCAUUUUAACCCAAGCUGCAACGCACCGUUUUCAGUUUCCUUCUCUUCCUUGAGUACUUCAUUUUUUCAGUUUGCACUUGGCAGUUCGUUCCUCCAAGGUGGUUUGGCUUCCUCGUACAUCGACUUGUUCUCUUCUCCAUCGAUUUGCAGCGUCGCUAGGCCGUGGUCUCGUUUCUACUUGGAACUGGAAGUUUCCUGGAUCAGUGUUAACCGCCAGUUGCCCUUUCCAAUCCGUCUUUGGCCAUGCCACCUUCCCUCAUUCCAUCCAAAUUCGUCUUUGACUUGUGUACCCUCAAAAUUUAGCUUACCUGCCUCUGAAGCUUCUGUGUUUUGAGACCAGUCUUCAAUAAUCCGUGCAGUUAAUUCACUAACACACCUUAUGGAGAUUCUGAGCCUAUGUCAAUAUUCAUAAACCCUCUCUGCUCUACCUUUCUUUGCACUGGCCAAGCUAUGCGCAAACCGAAGGACUCAAGGAAGAGAAGGGAAUUGAAAACGUUUUCCGGGUCUGUGUUAGCUGUCGUUUAAGGUUUAAAGUCUUCUUAGUGCAUGCUAACCCCGCUAUCAAAUCCAUUGAUGGGUUCAACAAACUGCUCAAAUGCAAAGAAGAGGAAGAAGACCCACCAAUCUCCAGAGGCUGUGUUCCAAUUUGAGCUCAAUUCUUGUUCCAAAAACAAGGAUUUGAGUGGUGCAGUCGCCCUAUAUGAAUCUGCAAUUUCACAGAAAAUAAGAAUUAGUCAACAUCACUUCAAUGCUUUACUCUACCUUUGUUCCAAUUCUGUCACUGAUACAUCACUCAAAGACUUAUCUCUGGAUUAUGGGUUUCGCAUUUUUGAUCAUAUGUUGGCUCUUGGUAUCAAUCCCAAUGAGGCUUCAAUCACAGCUGUUGCUAGGCUAGCUGCAGCAAAAGGAGAUGGAGACCAUGCCUUUGAAUUGGUUAAGAGCAUGGGAAAGUACAGUGUUGCUCCUCGAUUGCGAACGUUUGAUCCGGCUUUGUUCUGCUUUUGUGAUCAUUUGGAGGCUGAUAAAGCCUAUCAAGUUGAGAAAGAAAUGGGUGCAGCGGGAGUAAGUUUGGAGGAGCAAGAGCUUGCAGCGCUUUUGAAGGUCAGUGCAAAGAAAGGUAGAGCAGAGAAAGUCUAUGAAUAUUUACAUAAACUCAGAAGCUCCAUAAGGUGUGUUAGUGAAUCAACUGCACGAAUUAUUGAAGACUGGUUUCAAAGCAUUGAAGCUUCAGAGGUGGGUGAGCUAAAUUUUGAUGCUAGAAAAGUCAAAGAUGAAAUUGGACGGAAUGGGGGAGGGUGGCAUGGCCAAGGAUGGAUUGGAAAGGGCAAUUGGGCUGUGCACAAAACUGAUAUUGAUGCAAAUGGACGUUGUUGCUGUUGUCAUGAGCAAUUGGCUUGUGUUGACAUUGAUGAUGAUGAAACAGAGAAAUUCGCUCAGUCUAUUGCUGCUCUGGCAGUGGAACGAGAAGCCAAGGCAAAUUUUAGUGAGUUUCAGGGCUGGCUCAUGGAACAUGCAGGCUUUGAAGCUAUAGUGGACGGGGCAAACGUUGGGCUUUUCCAACAAAAUUUUGCAGAGGGUGGAUUUAGCAUUUCUCAGCUUGAUGACGUUGUGAAGAAACUAUAUGAUAGUAAUAAAAAGAAAUGGCCGCUAGUUAUCCUGCACAACAAACGUAUGAGAGGGCUUAUAGAAAACCAGUCUAGCAGAAAGUUGGUUGAGGAGUGGAGGGAUAAUGGAGCUCUUUAUACGACACCAAAUGGCUCUAAUGAUGAUUGGUAUUGGCUCUAUGCUGCUGUAAAAUUAAGGUGUUUGCUUGUGACAAAUGAUGAAAUGCGUGACCACAUCUUUGAACUCAUAGGAAGUAGCUUUUUUAACCAGUGGAAAGAAAGACAUCAAGUUCACUACACAUUUGUUAAAGGAAACCUUAAACUCCUGAUGCCUCCAUCAUAUUCAUGUGUCAUCCAGGAAUCAGAAAAAGGAUUAUGGCAUGUACCAGUUGUAACAAGCAAUAACAGUGAGGAAUCCUCGAGAAUUUGGCUUUGCAUUACGCGGCCAAGUGCCGAUGCUUCCAAUGACGACAAGACUAGUGAAGAUGGUAAUCUCUGUCAUCAUAGUAACUCGUAAGAUCAUCGUAGCGAGUCAGAGGAAUCUGCAAAUAAUGGCAUUCACUACUCAGAUUUCUCUCUAGUUGGAAAGGAUCAGACAGUUACCCAAUGAAUCUUUUCUUUCAAUGAGCCAUUAUUUGACAUGCACGCAAUAGGCCCUUGUGUCUGGGAGUUGUUUUUGUGGCCAUAAAACAAGAUGUUUCAUGAUAUGAACUGGACGGCCACAUUAUAUGCUUCAUGGGUAUCUGGUUUCUGCACUUCUGACGCUCGUGAAACUUGGAAUCACAGAUUUUGGAAUAAGGUAGAAAUUAGAAUUUGUAUGUUGAAAUCCCUGUCUAUUGGGGGAAUAUUUUAGUAGUUGGUGAUCUGGGAGAGUGAAAGUAGGUAUUGGGUUCUCAUGUCAUUUUUCUUUUUAAUUAUUUUUUGGGCUUUUCUUUUUAAUUAUUGUGUUUAAGUGGCCGAAUGGUCACUCCCAGUAAAUGUAACUGAAUAGUAAUUUUUUGGGUUUUGAUUCAUUAACUUAUUAGUAGGGGCUAGCUCCUAAACCAUGCAUUCGGUCUCGCUGGUCACAAUCUGUUUCAAUUGAGUCAAUUUUCUCAAAUGCCAA